AUGUCUGUGUUCACACAGCUGCUGCUCAGGGGCCUGGCCUGGAGGGUGUCCAUGCCGCGUGCACAGGUGCAUUCCAAGCCUCUGCGGGAGCAGCUGGGGAUCAUGGACAAAGCCAUAGGGCUCACCUCCUGCUUCCUGUGUUUCCUCUUGCCUGGGGGCUGGAUGCUGUCCCACCUGGAGAACUACAAGCGUCGGGAGUGAAGGGGCCGGCCCUCCCCCUCACCCUGUGAUCUGACCCCCCCCCACCUCUCCCCAUCGCGUCUGCAUUCCUGGUCCAACACCGGAUCAUGACCUUAGUCAUAGUGACCUCUGCAAUCAUGACCUCUCCACCUCUGUAAUGACAUCCUGAGACCACAUCAGGUGCUUAAUAAGGCCCUGCCCUAGCUGCUUGCGGCCCCUGUAACAAUAAAGUCUAUUUAAACUGAAGAAAAA